CCUGCAACUUCUCAAUAGGACGGAUCGUUUCACUCCCGGCAAUGCUACUUAGGGGUCAUCUCUCGUAUGCGACUAUCCUACUAAUAAGUUAUGUCCUGUUCGGUUGUGCGUCAGAACGGGACAGGAGAAAGGGUGAAAUAAAUCAUAGCCCUGCCAAAAACGCUGACAGCGCCAUUAAGGGGAUGAGAAACGCGACAAAAGCAGACAACGGGAGAUCCGACGCUGCCACCCGAACGAAGGAGGUCAAAAAGGCGGAAAGUAAGGGACGGCGGAGCGACGUGGGCUGCGUUAGCCUGGGAGGUAUCUGCCAGACGGACCGAUUCAUCUGCCAAGGUCGAUACCUGAGAGACAAAUGUUCAGGGCCUGCGACGAGGCUGUGUUGUGUGCCAGAUGGAGCGUGGAGUGUCCUAUGUGCCGGUCACUACAACAACAGAGUGAGAGGCUGCGAUCUGCACGGCUGUGGAGCGUUUAACUCCAGGGGAAAUCGUGACCUCCAACGGGCUGUGGACUUGGUGUGUUCUGACUACGGUACUGUAAACGCUCCGUUCUCUGGGUCUCUGGCUGGUCCAGUGAGUCAGAAAGACGCAGCUGGGUUCCAGCACGAUGGGGUCAAACUUAUCAAUGACGUGCACUGUGUGAAGAUCUUUAACAUCCGGCCAUUCCGUUAUAUCGGAGCAGUGGCUCAAGGGGACCCGCUGGGCUACGUGUUGCCCCUGCAAGAACGCUUCUCUGGCAUCACCUCUCACCUCAAACUGCGGAUGUGUGACGGCACCGACCCUUCACCUUUUAUCUGAGGGACCCUUUGUCAUCUGCAUUCAUCAUUUAUGACGACUUUGGAUACAUGAUCCAUGUAUCAAAUCUAUGAGAUAUAUCAGUUACCCUUGCAAUGUCAUAAAGAAAUAUAAAACAUUUGUAUUGAUUGUUCAAGAUACUUAUUUUUAUUAUUGAACAAUAUUGCGGAAUGUUUUGCCUAUAAAUGUUAGAUA